GAUACGGGAAAAUGCAGUGAAAAUAUGUAAUUCGGCGCAUUUUCAAUGUUUUAACAAUUGCGAUGAGGGAAAGAAAGUAUGAGAGGGUGGAUUUUCUCUUGUGCCGUUGCGGAGUAUGGGCCGUUAUCUUGAGAGAAAUGCGGAGUAUUUUUCCCCAUAGGUGUUAACGCAGAAAAUACAAGAUGAAGAAGCAAUUCAAUCGAAUGCGACAGCUCGCCAACCAAACGGUGGGCAGGGCAGAAAAAACUGAAGUGUUAAGCGACGAUCUUCUGCAGGUGGAGAAGCGGUUGGAUCUGGUCAAACAGGUGACCCACAGCACUCACAAGAAGCUGACCGCCUGCCUGCAGGGCCAGCAAGGGGCUGAAGAGAGAGAGAAGAAAUCAGUCAAGUCUCCCUCGAAAAAGCUUCCACUAACCAUCCUGGCACAAUGUAUGGUAGAAGGAGCUGCUGUGUUGGGGGACGACUCUCUACUAGGGAAGAUGCUGAACCUGUGUGGGGAGACAGAGGAGAAGCUGGCCCAGGAACUGAUUCAGUUUGAGUUCCAGAUAGAGAAAGAUGUGGUGGAGCCUCUCUAUGAGCUGGCUGAGGUGGACAUUCCCAACAUCCAGAAACAGAGGAAACAUUUAGCCAAGCUGGUCCUGGACAUGGACUCUGCUCGCACACGGUUUCACCAGUCGUCCAAGUCCUCCAGUCACCCUAGCAACCUGCAGGCGGGCGGGGCCAAGGGGGAGGCCCUCAGAGAGGAGAUGGAAGAGGCAGCCAAUAGGAUGGAGAUCUGCAGGGAUCAACUAUCAGCUGAUAUGUAUAAUUUUGUGGCCAAAGAAAUAGACUAUGCAAACUACUUUCAGACGCUCAUAGAGAUCCAGGCAGAAUAUCACAGGAAGUCUCUAGAGAUCCUCCAGAGUGUCCUGCCCACCAUUAAGGCUCACCAGGAGGCGUGGGUGGAGAAGCCUUCGUAUGGCAAGGCCCUGGAGGAACACCUGACCAUCAGCAGCAGAGAGAUCGCCUUCCCCAUCGAGGCCUGUGUCACAAUGCUGCUGGAGUGUGGCAUGCAGGAGGAGGGUCUGUUCAGAGUGGCUCCCUCGACCUCCAAGCUGAAGAAGCUGAAGGCCUCCCUGGACUGUGGUGUUAUGGACGUACAGGAGUUUUCAGCUGACCCCCACGCCAUCGCAGGGGCUCUGAAAUCAUACCUCCGUGAGCUUCCAGAGCCACUGAUGACCAGUGAACUUUACGAGGACUGGAUUCAGGCGUCAAAUAUUCAGGAUAUGGACAAGAGACUACAAGCUCUGCUGGCGGCGUGCGAAAAACUACCAACUGACAACUUCAACAACUUCAGAUACUUAAUCAAGUUCCUAGCCAAGCUAGGAGAUUAUCAGGACUCCAACAAGAUGACUCCUGGUAACAUGGCCAUAGUUCUGGGUCCCAACCUGCUCUGGACCCACUCCAACGAGAGUGGGAACAUGACAGAGAUGAUGACCACAGUGUCUCUUCAGAUAGUGGGGAUCAUAGAACCCAUCAUACAGCACGCUGACUGGUUCUUCCCUGGAGAUAUUGAGUUUAAUCUGACGGGCUGCUACGGCAGUCCUGUCCACACCAACCACAACUCAAACUACAGCUCCAUGCCUUCGCCAGACAUGGACCAAUCAGAACGCAAGCUGCCGCAUGACCAUGGCAGACGCCCACUCAGCGUUGCCACUGACAACAUGAUGCUGGAAUUCUACAAGAAGGAUGGCAGCAUAAGGAAAAUACAAAGUAUGGGUGUCCGGGUGAUGGACACGUCCUGGGUGUCCCGUAAGGGUUCGUCCACCCUGGCCCGUAAGGCCUCGUCCACCCCUCCCAGUGUCCAGGGUCCAGGCUCCCCUGCUGACCACUCCCUCAUCCUGGAGCAGCCUGGAGAGCUGGCCCAGUCUCCCUCACCCCCACCUCAACCUGGGGAGAGGGACCGGAUCGGCUCAGACGACGUGUCGCCCAAUCGUCCGGACUCCUCUCAUGUCUACCCUCCCCCUGGGCCAGGGGAGGAGCGGCCGCCCCCUCCCUACCCCACCUCCACCCUACCCCACCCCGCCCCCCACCACUUCUACCCCCACCCCAAGGUCCUACCCUGUCCUCGCCCCGUGGCCCCAGGGCCAGAGUCCCAACCCCCCGGCUCCCCUCCUCUCCCGCUGCGAUGGUCUGGCUUCACCCCCCCUCUCCCGCCUCCCACCUCCUCCUCUUCCUCCUCCUCUUCCUCGCUUGACAUCAACUCGAACCCCAAGCCCAGCUGCCUGCAUUUCCCCUCCAAACACGUCCUCCCGCACGGCCACCCGCUGCCAGGUGACAUGUCGCUGCCCCCUCAUGCUCCCCUGCCCCCCGAUAUGGGUAAGGCCUCGCCCCUCUACAUGAAAACCCCCUUGGUACUGGCCCGUCAUGACCUGUCCCUGGGCAUGAGCAUGGGCAACCCCCCUAGCUUGCUGUCCUCCGCCCCCCCGCUGUGGGCUACAUGUCCCUGUGCCAGAGAGAGAGGACUCCCCAGGCUGACUAGUACACUGAGGAGUAAGGAGAGCUCUCCAGUGAUUGGUCACAAGGGGGUGCAGGUGGCAGGUCCGACGGUGCCCCCUGGUGUUGGCCAGCAGAGCUGCAGCCAGUCGCCCCACUCCACAGAACACAGCCCACACACCAUGCGCAAAGGCUCUAAGAAGCCGGCCCCUAUCCCUCCAAAGGUUCCAGCUGGGUAUGGCCAGUCAGGUUCUGGUGGGAUUUCGGACCAGUCCACAGGUCAGCCGUCGCCGGUCAGCCUGUCCCCCACCCCUCCGAGCACCCCCUCGCCCUAUGGACUGGCCGGUCCCCCACAGGCCCCUGGAGGACUAGGGGCCUCCUCCCCUGGUCAGACCCCUCUCUGUGGUUCCCUAGGGUCCCUGGGGUCCCUGUCCUCCCCCCCUUCUCUGACCGGCACGCUGGGCAAGUCUCGGCCCACCCCUAAGCCCCGGCAGAGGCCCAGCCUGCCCCCUCCUCAGCCGCCCACCGUUCCUCAGCCGGGGGCCACCCCUGUUGGCCCUGGGCCCCUGGAGCAGGGCAUCCUGGACGGACUGUCGCCCGGGGAGAGCAUGUCCACAGAUUACUUCAAUUAUGAAAUCCCCUCCAUCAAUGUGAACCUGGACAGCCUCAUCGACGAGUUCAGCGGUGCUGCCCCCUGCAGGCGCUACGGAGCGGUGACACACUCUCCUCCCCCGCGGAGAGACGAUAACCCCGACCACGACCCCUACGCCGUGCCUGAGGACGACGAACCCCAGGACACCACCUUAUGACAUCGUUACUCUGAGACAGCGCUAUGAUGUGACAUCAUCAGAGCUUGCCCGAGGCUGGCACCGUGGCGCUCCUACAUCCAGCUAGCUGUACAUACUGUUAGAGACUGUAAUGCUCGCUCGCUCACACCGCACUGCCACGACGCUCCCAGACAAAACGAACAAACAAAGCUUCUUCUUAUACACCACAAUGCUCACCUGACCUUUGACCUGGAACUCCAGGACUGAACCUUGACCUCUGACCUGAAACUCCAGGUCUGAACCAUGACCUCUGACCUGAAACUCCAGGUCUGAACCAUGACCUCUGACCUGGAACUCCAGGACUGAACCUUGACCUCUGACCUGGAACUCCAGGACUGAACCCCCCUCCCUCACAUUAUGCUAUACCUGCAGGCUGCAAGCAAAACUCAUCUCUUAGAAAUACUACGCAAAUAGUAAUGUAAACUCAAUGUGAGCAAACAAUAACACACCACAUGCCAUAUAGAGGAGGACCAGUUGCCUUUGGAAGGAAGAAGACAUAUGGAUUAUAUGGAGGAGUAUUAAAUGCCAUGUUCAGUAUUAUAUUUUUGCUUUGUGGAUACUACAGUUUUUUCCUCUCUUUGAAA